AUGACUUUCUAUCCAUAUCUUCAGCAAUCCGGUCUAUUUCCAUCCAUAUUUGUACGUGGCUUCAAGGUGUACCCAGUGUUGAUUGAGGCCCUGGUAGAACGUUGGAGACCCGAGAUGUACACUUUUCAUUUCUCGAAUUGUAAAGCAAUGAUUACUUUGGAAGAUGUCACUUACCAACUCGGUGUUCAUGUGAAUGGAGCCCUCAUUGUGAGGCAGAACAAUUACGACCCCACGACAUUGGUUUACCAAGUUUCAGGAAAGCUGUCACCAUCCGAGUUCAUCGAUGGCUAUUGGGUACGGAUGACGUGGUUGGAGUCCGAAUUCCAUGUGAUGGUCAACUCUACUGAGGAUGAGGUUAUUUUUGCAUCUCGAGCAUAUCUUCUCCAUUGA